CGACUUACCAUCAGUUACAUCAACACUUACGCGAGCGAAAUUGCAAAACAUCAGUGAAAAUUUUGAAGUUAAAAUUAAAUAGUGAAGUGUUUUUCAUCAACACGGACAAAAUGGAUUAUUUAUAUCAAGAUAAAUUGCAUUGUAAUGUCAAAUUACUCAACAAAGAUCUUUGGGAUUCGUUCUACAUGCUCAAUACUGAAAUGAUCAUCACAAAACCUGGAAGACGUAUGUUUCCCUCCAUGCGUGUUCAAGUUACGGACCUCGACCCACACAAAGACUACUGCUUCCUAGUGGAAAUGGUACCAGUCACUAAGUGCCGUUACCGAUACUCUGCCGCCACAGGUUGGGCCCCAGCCGGAGCCGAAGAAGCACACAGCCCUAAUCGAUUCUAUAUCCACCCGGAAUCACCCGCCCCCGGAGCUCAUUGGAUGUCUCAAGCAGUAUCCUUCGGUCGUUUGAAACUAACGAACAUGUCGAAUGCUCCAGCGGGCCACGUGGUAAUGGCCUCCAUGCACAAAUACCAACCUCGUAUUCACGUUGUGGAAGCGUCCGAUCUAAGAAACAUCUUCGAUUACGCUCCGAAAGUGGUGGUGGACUUUGCUGAAACACAAUUCAUCGCCGUCACCGCUUACCAGAACGACAAGAUGACCAAGAUGAAGAUCGACCACAACCCAUUCGCUAAAGGUUUCAGGGAAUCAGGUCAAAGCAAGUGCAAAAGGAAGCGUCAGAGAAUGGAACAAGAAAAACAAGAGGAAAAAGAAGAGAAAGAUUCAUCAGUUGAAGAAGACGUUGAUGUUGUGGGUGUUGGUGAUGUCGAAGAGAUUACACAGGAACCAAAGAAACAUGUAAAACAUGCACCGCUAGAUGUCUCUAGUGAUUCUGGCAUGAGUGAUUGUGACAGUUCGAUGACAGCAUCACCGAGUCCGAGUUCGAAUUAUGUCCAUCAACAAUCACAUCGACAAUUACAUCAUUAUCCUUACACUCCCUACUUCUACCAGUAUCCAUUUGCUUUGCAUCCUGCCACAUAUUUCAACCAUUCCUUAUAUUCAUCUAUACAUAUGUCAAGGUUAAUGCCGCAGGAUUUAUCAGUAUCCAAGCGGAUUGAAGAUGAACCAAGGAAUGAAACCAGACCAAAAUUUACAGAUUUCUCGAUUCGUGCAAUCACAGGAUUGGUUUAAACUGUUUCUAUCUAGUAGUUAAGACUGUUAUAUUUGUUCUUAUGAUAGAUUAUUGUAAAAUGAUGUAAAAUAUUUAAAUUAUAUUAGACUAAGCAAAUUAUAAGUAUUCUAUACAAAAUAUUAAAGUGCAAUUAUAUAAAUUUAUAUAUCUAAUUAA